AUGAGCGACAGCAUUGCCACCAUGAAAAGUGAAGAUGUGUUAUUUGACCUUUUAGAAAAGCAUGGUGCUCGUCCCUCUUUAUCAGGUAUGGAUUGGGCACGACAGAACUGGUAUAACUUGCAGAGUGUUUCGGACCGUAUUAGUAUCCUGCAAAAGAAUGCUCGUACUCGAGCUGGAAAAGGAAAGUCCUUUAUUUGUGCCGUACUCGGGGCUACUUUAAAAGCAGCUGUGGAGUUCCGAAAUGAAAAGCAUUCGGCAGAACUCCAAACCAUAGAAGCACUACAGGAAUCGGUUAGAGUUACACUAGAAUUGGUAAAAACUCUGCAGAAUCAAAUAGUUAAUCUCGAGCAACAAUUAGAAAGAGAGAAAUGUAAUUCGGCUUUGUUGCAAAUGGCUUUUAAGGAACUGCUAACGUGUAAGCAUGCCAGCCAUACCGUCACCCACAUUUUGCCUCAAGAAAAAACUUUUCCUCUGGUGGAGCUACCAGGAAUGAAGGAAAGGCUAGAUAAAUUAGAAACUCCAAUAGCUCCAUUGCGUCCUUUGAUAAAAACUGAAUACAUAUUCGAUAACAGUGAGGAUCUAGAUCCUCAAAUGAAUGUUAAGGAAAUUCCCUUCUCAGCCACUAAACUGGCGAAAUUGAAGAAAGAUUUCAGCCGCUCUCCAAAGGAAUCAGAAACAGAAUAUGUAUGGAGGGUUAGUCUCAUUGGUGGCGACCAGAUUCUGCUAACAGAAAAGGAGGCGGAAGGUUACUGGGGACCAGGAGUAUUUUUAACUACUGGCAACAGUCGUGCUCCCUGGUCCUUAACACAAAGGGCUGCCUAUUGGGCAGGUGGUCUCAACCCUUUAGAACGGGGAGACCCUCUUGCCAUUACUGGAACAACUGAUCAGUUAGUAGACAGUGUUCAAAAGGCUGCUUGUCUCCAAAUGAUGUAUGAUAGAAAGCUGCAGCCACACCAUGAAUCACCUAUGAUGAUGCCUGUUGAUCCUGAGAGAAUGACUGCUUUAAUUAGAGGGCUUCCAGAGUCAUUAAAACCUAUAGGGAUACAACUGCAAGGAAAAAUAGAGGCUAUGUCUCAGGGAGAGAGAACCCUGCCAGUGUUAGAAGGAACUAUAACCCCCAACCAUCUGCAGUCAGGAAACAAAGCAUGGACGUGGGGAGAGGUUGCCCAAGAGUUAAUUAACUAUGGAAGGAAAUAUGGGCCAGUGGUUUCUUCCUCCAUUAAAUUUGAGCCAAGGGAAGUACGACUUGCAGCAGUCAGCCUUGCCCCCAGGCCUCCUAGCUCAAAACUCAGUGGGACUGGAAGGGUCUCACUGUCAGUAAAAACAGGUAGGAGAAAUAUUGAUCAUAAACGUAAUUGUCUCUGGACAUUGAGCUGGCAAAAGGGUGUUCCACGAGAUUUGAUGAAUGGAUUACCCACUGUAAUGUUAGAGAAAUUAGUUAACUGGUGGCCAGAACAAAAGAUCCAGAAUCUUGAGGAAAGCAAAACCCCAGGUCCUAGGGUCCCUCCCAGGGAACCUGAACGGCUAUCCAAGCCAUUAGAAAACUGAUGUCUUCGCCCCUCCCAAGUGAGCGGGGUGGGGGCGGCGAAGGGUGGAUGCAUGAGAAAGCUCACAACAAAGGGAAGCAAG